AUGUCACCGAAACCAGAUGCCCAACAGAUAGCCCAGCUGUCUAUGCCUUCCUAUUGUAUCAAGUCGAUUGGCAGCAGACAUUUCCUAGUCGGUGGAGGUGGUGGAGCAGCUAAGACUGGAGUCAAAAAUGAGAUUCAAGUAGGUUUCUUGUGCAUAAUGUGUUUUGUUUUUAGAAUUUCGACGAACUAUCUUUAAAACUAGUAAUUAUAUCGAGAAUGUUGUCCAAAAUCUGUUUCUAAAUAUGUUACUCAAUCUGUAUAAGAUGUUUAAACGUAUGUUUUAGGUAUAUUUAUUAACUUACAAUUCACUUUCGUCUCUUAAAUCGUCUACUAUGCCUAAUCUACGAGCUAAAAUGGUUUCUUCGAUUGAUACUAAAGCACGGAGUAAUAUGAAUUGUGAUGUCUAUACCAGAAUAGAAAAUGGCAAACAGAUUUUUAUUGCUGCUGCGGGACAGGAUGAGGUAAAAUUCUGCAAAGUUUUACUGCUUGAUUUAAAUGUAAAUUAUUGGGUUGAAGAGCAAUGGGGAUUGUUGGAUAAUUUUUGAAAAGUUUAGGUAAUAAUUUUAACUUAUUUUAGUAUUGCCAAUUGUAUGUGGCUCAGGGGUAUGACAUAUGUGAUCAAGAAGAUGAACUCGAAUCUCCAGCGCAACUCACAUUAAACUUCAAGCCAUUGUUCAAGAUUAUAACAGACUUUGCCAACUCGGAUCCUUAUCAGGUAACAAAGCAUUUCGGUUAAUUGUUUUAUCGCUUAAUACCGUUAAAAUUUAAUAUUUAUUGAAAAAAACUUAUUUCGACUUUCCUAACUUUAUAAAAUUUGCAGAAAUGUGUUCGUUUUGACCGUUCACAAGGUCAAUACAUACGAGCAGCUACUGGGGGUACAGAUGGCUACGUACGUGUUUGGGAUGUUGGUACGAUACUUUCAAAUCCAGAUCCUCGAAUUGAACAUAAACCGCAAAUUGAAUUUAGGAUUCUGGACGAGAACAAGGUUGAGGUUGACGACUUGGACAUAUCAUUAUGUGGAAGAUACAUUUCCACAGUUUCUGCCAAAGAGUCUGCUCUUUGGGAUAUGAGCAAUGGAAAGAAAUUAUGUGUGGUGCAGGUUCCACAACACUUGGUCAAAGAUUUUAAGGUAAGUCUUUCAAAUAGCAAGUUUAUGUUCUCUUAAUGAGAAGUUGUGUCUUUAGAUUUAAAAGAAAGAUUUUUUGUAUUUGUAUUUAUGUAUGGCUUAUUUAGGUACGAUCAAUAAGGUUUACUGAAUGGGGACGUCACUCGACAGUGUUUGCUGUAGCGUUUCAACAACGCCAACGAACGUCAAAACAAGUGUCAUAUAUUGGGUUGUUUGGGUAUAACGCGGAAAGGAAAGCCAUUCACGGCUUUGAAUUGAAUGAAGUUUGCAAAGAAGUAAGGCUUUAAUAGGUUGUUUUGAAGUUUAAGAACCGUAUUAUUAUUGCAAUAAUACUACGGUUCUAUUAUGUAGUUAUAAACGUUUUUUUAUAAACACGGCAUUUUCAGGCCGUAUCUUGCAUGUCCAUUAACUCACAAUCGCAGCACUUGGCAAUCGGCACUAUGGAAGGCUCAGUGUAUUGCUUCAACUCACAAUUAAAACCCAUCUACACAGCCAUUGGAGCUCACAAAAGUUUUGUCACAGCAGUAGAGUUCCUUCCAGAUGCACAGAUCGAAGCCGGACCCUCUGAUGGACCCAAAGUGGAGCUUCCUGGGCCAGGAGCUGACGCGAAAUGCAUAAUGUUGUCUUUGUCGGUGGAUCAAAUGGUAAAGUCUCACCGUGUUCCGUGGCCUAGAUCGAUUCCGUUCACACAAAGCGUAUUCAAACUGAGUAUCUACGUGCUUAUCCUGUAUAUUUUCCUAGAACACUUUAUUCCUCUUCUUUAUUAAUUUAUGGUUGUUAGGAACUUUAUUUAUUAUAUUUAAUUAUAGUUUUAAAAACUACUGUGAUAUUUGAUAUUGAAAUCAUAAUAAACCUGGUACACUUGUGACAUGCCAAAACGAAGACGGAUGUAGGUUUUUACGUAAACUAUUUAAUUUUCAGUGUGGAGGUCCGAAAUAAUACGGAUUGAAUAUUAAAUUUUUCAGAUUUACAUUUAAAAUUUGUUAAGAUUACUCUAAUUUUCGAUUUUUUUGGCCUUCAAUUCCGAAAAGUGUACAUAAUAGACGUCGUUAGGUCCCGCAACGAAAAAGCAACGAAACGCCAAAUAUACGGUAAACGGACGGAAAAAAUGAAGAAAAGAGAUUUUAUAGGAAAUUUUUGCAAAAUUUUAUAACAAUUGGAAGUUUAUGUAGUUUUGAAUUGUAAAUAUGUUACUUUCGCGAGUUUUGUGUUAUUCCGGGUCUGCGAUUGUCUAUAUUUUGCUAUUUCAGGGUCCACUUUAUUUGUACCUUCGUUAAAAAUGGUGCGAAUGAACGUCUUGGCCGAUGCCUUGAAGAGUAUCAACAAUGCUGAAAAGCGUGCUAAGCGUCAAGUUAUUAUCAGACCAGCCUCAAAGGUUAUUGUCAGAUUCCUCACCGUCAUGAUGAGACACGGUAAGAAUUUUAUAUUAUUUUUGUUUUGCUUUUAGGAUUUCGCUUGUGGUAAUUAAAACCGACUGGCUUUUAUUAUGCUGUUAGUUGUAAAUGGGUACUUUCUUAUAUUAGUACUUUCUUAACUUUGGGUUUAAAUUUUUCUCGAUAUUUUUCAAAGAUAAUUUUUUGUUGCCUAAAUCUGCUUUGGGAUUUUAAGGAAAACUGUUUUAAAAUGGAUUUUUUCUGGCUGUUUUUAUACAAUUUUAUCAAUAUAGGUUUGGAAACUGGAAAUUAACCAAGCAUCUACUUUAUUUAUGCGUUAAGAUUUCUAAAUGAAUUUUCGACACAAACUUAAUCAUUGUUUUGCAGGAUACAUUGGAGAAUUCGAAGUUGUGGACGACCACCGUGCUGGCAAAAUCGUUGUGAACCUUACCGGAAGAAUCAACAAGUGCAGCGUCAUCUCUCCCCGCUUCGACAUCGCUAUCCGUGACUUGGAGAAGUACUGUACCACCUUGUUGCCAUCUCGUCAGUUUGGUUACAUCGUACUCACCACUUCAGGAGGUAUUAUGGACCACGAGGAAGCUCGCCGAAAACAUCUUGGUGGUAAAAUUCUGGGAUUCUUCUUCUAA